AUGUCCUUGACAAUUCAUCACCUUCACAUCGCGCAAUCGGAGCGCAUCGUCUGGCUAUGCGAGGAGCUCGGGAUCCCCUACACGCUCAAGACGUACACGCGGGACCCGAUCUUCGCACCACCUGACCUGGCUGCUCUGACGCCCCAGAAAUCCGCGCCGGUGAUGACGACGACCAACGCCGUGACUGGGGCCGAGUUCAACAUGUCCGAGUCGGGCGCCAUCGCCGCGUACAUUGACGGGGUAUUCGGAGGCAACAAACUGUCCCUGGGGCCCGAGCACGAGAAUUACGCCGACUUCUUGUUCUGGUUCCACUACGCCAACUCGAGCCUGUCGGGCGCAUUCUUCCGCCUCCUGACCGCCGCGCUGCUUAAGCCCGCGCCGGAUAAUCCCUUCAGGAAGACCCUCGGCGCCGGGCUCCACAAGCACCUCGCCGCCCUGGACGCAAGGCUCGCCGUCACAAACGCCUUCCUCGCCGGUGACCAAUUGACGCUCGCGGACAUAAUGACCGUCUGGUCCCUCACCAAUGGCCGUCAGUGGAACCCCACGGAUCUCUCGCCGUACCCGGCUAUUUUGGCGUAUCUGCAGCGUAUCGGGGCCAGAGAGGCGUAUCAGAGGGCAAUGGAGAAGGCUGAGCCCGGGCUGGAUUGGAGGCAGGGCCUGACGGCGCAGGGACCGGAUGUUUUCCCGCCUUUCAGGCAGAUGCUGAGCCAGAUGGGGGUUGAUCUUGCACAGUUGAAGAACUGA